AUGUUCGCAGGCCUUUAGGGGGAGUGUUGAGGCGCGUGGAGACUGGCACGGCUUCUGUAUGAAGGGGGAGAGGCUGGGAAACGACGGGAGAACAAGCGCGAGAGAUGUUCGCUGACUGUGGCCCUGUCCCCACGUCCUCGAUGCCUGCAAACAGCACAUCCCCCUAACCGACAACGAGUACACAGAACGAUCCCGUGCGCUCGAGACGGUGCCGCUUCAGCUUCUGCAAUGGAGAGAUAUCCGCGGUGAGUCAGAUCUUUUUUCUGAGAUCCCAAUGACACGAAGCCACAGUUGAAGUCUCAGGAACAGAUCUUUGGAUGGAACAGUAACCGAACAGAAUUGGACCUGCUCACUGAGUAGUCCGAACUCUGAAGUAUUGCUUUUGCUCAUCCACUGCUAUAAAUGAGUGUCUCAGAUAAAAACAUCAGGGCUGGGGCGCACACCAGAACCCAUACAGAAUGUCCUGGAUCAACGGCUUCCUAGUGGCCAGAGUGGACGAUCGUAAGACCGCUUGGGGCGAGCACAAUGGCAAGAAGUCCAAGCGCAAGGUUGGCUCCUCUCUCUGCAACCCACGCUACAUGAGCUGCCUGCGGGACACGGAAGCCAUGGAGCCUCCUCCCCAGCCGCCCCAUGCCCAGGCCACCCGCUCCGGAGGAGGGGUGAUGGGAGGCACGGGCGGAGGCAACUUCGGUGUGCGCUGCGGAUGGCAGGAGGAUCACUACGGCAAAGCGGGGGGUGGGGGGGAGGGUUUGGGGCUUAAAUCCGUCGACCUGGGUUUCGAGGACGGCGAGGUGAAGGGGCGCAAAGGGAACGGCUCGGGUUGCGACGGCUCCAGCGAUGACACGGCCAGCGGGACGGGGUCGGUGACGGCGGCGGACUGCUGGGAGAGGAUGGUGCGCGUGUUCCAGUCCAAGAAGUUCCAGUCUCGUAAACUGGAGCGCCUGUACCAGCGAUACUUCUUUAGGUUGAACCAGAGCUCACUCACGAUGCUGAUGGGUGUAUUGGUCAUUGUUUGUGGGAUCAUGCUCACCUUUCACUGCAUCCACGGACCGCCCGACGUGGUCUACGCCUCUGUGCUGUCCGUGGCCAUGGCACUGUUCUUAGCAUUAAUGGUGGUGUGCAACCGAAACGGCUUCCACCAGGACUACAUGUGGAUGGUCAGCUAUCUUGUGAUCGGAGUGCUGAUCGUGGUGCAGGUGUUUGGGGUGCUCAUGGUGGCCCCCCGCAGUGCCUCGGAAGGGAUCUGGUGGUCUGUCUUCUUCAUCUACAUCAUUUAUACGCUGCUGCCUGUGCGGAUGAGGGCGGCGGUGCUCAGCGGAGGAGUGCUGUCCACCAUACACCUCCUCACCACGUGGAGGAUUAAUGAAGAGGAUGAGUUCCUCUGGAAACAGCUGAGCGCCAACGUGCUGAUCUUCCUGUGCACAAACAUCAUCGGGAUCUGCACUCACUACCCGGCCGAGGUCUCGCAGAGACAGGCCUUUCAGGAGACGCGAGGCUACAUCCAAGCCCGACUGCACCUGCAGAGAGAAAACCAGCAGCAGGAACGCCUGUUGCUCUCAGUUUUGCCAAGGCACGUCGCCAUGGAAAUGAAGGCUGACAUCAACGCUAAGAAAGAAGACAUGAUGUUCCACAAAAUUUACAUCCAGAAACACGACAAUGUCAGUAUUCUGUUUGCAGAUAUUGAAGGUUUCACCAGUCUGGCGUCACAGUGCACAGCUCAAGAGCUGGUCAUGACUCUGAAUGAACUGUUCGCCCGCUUUGACAAGCUGGCCUCGGAGAACCACUGCUUACGGAUUAAGAUCCUGGGAGAUUGUUACUACUGUGUGUCAGGGUUACCUGAGCCCAGAGCAGAUCACGCUCACUGCUGUGUGGAAAUGGGUGUGGACAUGAUAGAAGCCAUCUCGUUGGUACGAGAGGUGACGGGGGUCAAUGUAAACAUGCGGGUCGGCAUCCACAGCGGUCGUGUGCACUGUGGGGUUCUUGGAUUGAGGAAGUGGCAGUUUGACGUGUGGUCCAACGACGUCACGCUGGCGAAUCACAUGGAAGCUGGCGGCAAAGCCGGGAGAAUCCACAUCACUAAAGCCACUCUACAGUACCUGAAUGGAGACUAUGAGGUGGAACCAGGUUUUGGAGGGGAGAGAAAUGCCUAUUUGAAGGAAAACAGUAUUGAGACCUUCUUAGUUCUGGGAUGCAGUGAAAAACGGAAAGAGGAGAAGGCCAUGAUGGCUAAAAUGCAGCGGACGCGGACGAACUCGAAUGAAGGCUUGGUACCUCGAUGGGUGCCUGACAGAUCUUUCUCCAGAACUAAAGACUCCAAAGUCUUCAGACAGAUGGGUAUUGAUGAAACAUCCAGUAAAGACAACCGAGGUGCUCAGGAGGCUCUGAACCCAGAGGACGAGGUGGAUGAGUUUUUGGGGCGUGCCAUUGACGCUCGCAGUAUCGACCAGCUUCGCAAAGACCACGUGAAGAAGUUCCUCCUCACCUUCCAAACCUCCAGCCUGGAGAAAAAGUAUGCUAAGAAGGUGGACGAUCGUUUCGGAGGUUAUGUGGCCUGUACGCUGCUGGUCUUCUGUUUUAUCUCCUUCAUUCAGAUUGUCAUAUUCCCAAAUACUCUGGUCAUGUUGGGAAUUUACAUCAGCAUCUUCAUCAUUCUUGCCAACAUUCUCUUCAUCUGUGCCAUCUACUCCUGCGUGAAGCUCUUCCCGGCUGCCAUGCAGACUGUGUCCAAGAAGAUUGUUCAGUCUCGCACCAACAGCACACUGGUGGGAGUUUUUACCAUCAUCCUCGUCUUCAUCUCUGCCUUUGUCAAUAUGUUUUCCUGUGAUACGGAGAAGCUGGUGGACUGUGUUGCAGAGCAGUUCAACUGGUCAUCAGAGAUGGUAACUCCCUGCGUCAUUCACAACCUGUCCCGUUCUACGGCAGGCGGCCUGGAUAUCUGUCCCAGCAACACACCUUCAUGCCCCUUCCCUGAGUAUUUCAGCUACAGCGUGCUGCUGACUCUGUUGGCGUGCUCAGUGUUCCUGCAGAUCAGCAGUAUAGGGAAGCUGACUUUAAUGCUGCUCAUCCAGCUCACUUUCCUGCUGCUUGUGGAGUGGCCAGAGGUGGCGCUGUUUGACAACGCAGACCUCUUUGUGACUGCCAAUGCCCUCAUAUUUAACGAAACAUUGCAGUGGUCCGGUCUCAAUGCCACCAUGGAUCAGUGUCCUUUCAGGGUGACGAAAGUCUCUCUGAAGGUCAUGACCCCUGUGAUCCUCACCGUGUUUGUAUUGGCACUGUACCUACAUGCCCAGCAGGUGGAGUCUACAGCACGUCUAGACUUUCUCUGGAAACUUCAGGCUACAGAAGAGAAAGAGGAGAUGGAGGAGCUUCAAGCCUACAACCGCCGGCUCCUCCACAACAUCCUGCCUAAAGAUGUGGCCGCCCAUUUUCUAGCCAGAGAGAGAAGGAACGACGAGCUGUACUAUCAGUCCUGCGAGUGCGUAGCCGUCAUGUUUGCCUCCAUCAGCAACUUUUCAGAGUUUUACGUGGAGCUGGAGGCCAACAAUGAGGGAGUGGAGUGUCUGAGGCUCCUCAAUGAGAUCAUCGCUGAUUUUGAUGAGAUCAUCAGUGAGGAGAAAUACAGGCAGCUGGAGAAAAUAAAGACCAUUGGCAGCACCUACAUGGCCGCGUCGGGCCUCAACGACUCCACCUACGACAAAGAAGGCCGUUCGCAUAUAACCGCCCUGGCGGACUACGCCAUGCGCCUCCGCGAGCAGAUGAAGUACAUCAAUGAGCAUUCCUUCAACAACUUCCAGAUGAAGAUUGGACUGAACAUAGGGCCAGUGGUUGCAGGAGUUAUUGGAGCCCGGAAACCCCAGUAUGAUAUCUGGGGAAACACAGUCAACGUGGCCAGUCGGAUGGACAGUACUGGGGUUCCAGACCAUAUUCAGGUGACCACAGACCUGCACCAGGUGUUGGCCAGUAAAGGUUACCAGCUGGAGUGUCGAGGGGUCGUAAAAGUUAAAGGCAAGGGUGAGAUGACCACUUACUUCCUGAACAACGGACCCCCCAACAGUUAGCAGCGCACUAGUGUUCCUUCGGAUUCCCACAAUUCCCCAGAGAGAAGGAUUGCGUGAUGCAACCCGAAGUCAAACAAGUAGCCAUCGCUAUCACUUGAAGAAAAACAAACAAAAAAGGAAAGAUCAUUGAAAAAAACAAACUCCAGACCGGAGAGUCAUGAACUGGCGGUCUCGGGUGUUGAAGGACGAAUGCUUUUGUUUUAAAGCCUCAGGCUCCUUGAAAGAUGAAAAGUCUGAUUAUUUAAUAAAGGCCUUUUAUUCGCCGAAGAGAAACGCUGUACAUAAGGCAUUUCCUCCCUAUCUGUUAUUUUUAUUUCAGGAGAAUAUAAAUACAGGUACUCAUGUUCUGUUCUGAAUUCCUUAUUUAUUUCAAGCUUGAUGUUUUUGUGCAAAAAGUCCUUUAUGGAAAAACGUGUGAAAAUGACACGCACAUUUAUACCGUACGUAGAAAUGUACGCCUGUAUAUUUGUGUGUGCGCAAAUACAGUAUCUGUAUAAAGCAAGGAGAGAACUAUUGACCAAAGACCAAAGUGUUUAAUAGAGAAGUUGUCAAAACGUUUUCGGAAGUUUUGAAUAUUACAUAACGCCCGCACCCCUCUGUUUUUACAACGUUUUAUCAUUUCAUGUAAUUUACACUGGUUGACCAGCAAUCCGGGUGAUCACAUGAAGGACUGAAUGAAUUCUGUAUUUCCGUCAGAACGAAGAUGAGUUCCUCUGGAAGGGUGUUUUUUGUGUGUGGGGGGACCAGGUCAUGUCCUCAAGGGAGACUUUUGUUUUGUGUAUUCCGCCAACCAUUUCUUCUUUUUCAAAGAAGUAUUUUUGGUACAAAAUGAAAUAAAAGGAAAAAAAGAGUUUUUCGGAGGCACCUGGGGAAAAGCCACGGCAUUGGAAACCACGGUACGAGACAGUUUAUCGAGUUCCAAUUCAUUACAGAAGGACUUUUUUAAAACGAAAGAAAUAUAUCUAUAAAUUAUGACUGAAUACUGUGCUUUUUCGAAGGGGCAUAACUCUUUUCACUGUGAGGUUUCUAUGAUACGACAAGCUGCUUUCUUGCCAAACUAAAACAGCUCAAAGCAUGUCUGAUUGUGGUAUCUUCUCUACGAUUUUUGUUUGUUCGUUUGAUUCCCUCAAGUUUUAAUGUUUGGGUAUUUUGCAUCACCUCUGUAUCCAUUUUUUUAUUCCAGUUAUGGUUGUCCGAGUUAUCCGUUCAGUUAUGGUUGUCCGAGUGAUCCGUUCAAUUACGAUUUCAUUCCAGCUGAAGAGAUGAAACUGUGACCUGAACUGAGAGGUUUGAGCGUGAUGGUACCAACUGAUCAACUGCAGCCAAUGACGAAUGAUUGUGAGACCAGUAUUCCCUCCAUUGCAUUUUUCACCAAAAAAAAUCCUGUCAUUUACGCACCCUGAAGUUGUUCCAAACCUGUAUGAAUCCCUUUGUUCUGUAAAACACAAAAGAAGAUGUUUUGAAGAAAGUGGACAACCAAAUUCUGGGGCACCAUUGAAUGCCAUUGUAUUUUUUCCCUACUAAAGAAGUCAAUAGUGACCCAGAACUGUUUGGUUACAAACAUUCUUCUAAAUAUCUUUAUAUGUGUUUAGCAGAACAAAGGAAUGUAUUCAGGUUUGGAACAACUUGAGGGUGAGCAAAUGAUGACAGAAUUUUCAAUUUUGGGCAAACUAUCCCUUCCAGGCCCAUUCACACCAAGAGUGAAAUCUAACCAUAUAUAUUUUUUAAAUCAUCCCAUAUUUAGGAGAAUAGCACAGGCCACCUCAAAACUAUAACAGUUACGGUAGAGGAACAAUAUCAUUGAGUUUCACAGCGAUUUGUUUUUCUAGCUGACGACAGCCAAUCAAAUUUCAAUCGAAAUUUAAGGGGCUUGUGCAUUUAAAACUGCAGCGGAUGAGCUUAAAAAAGCGUUACUGUCUGUUGAAGUGUACUCUAAUAGUCAUCUUUUGGUGUGAAAGAGCCUUUAGGGUUCUUUCUAGUGAGCAUCACUUUAAAGGGACAAUUCACCCCAAAAUAAAAAUUUGAUCAGUUUACGUAGCCUUUAAUCUUUUCUCCGUGUAACACAAAAAAAAGACAUUUGGAAGAACUGUCUGUUUUUUCGCAUGCCGUUUCAAUGAAUCUUGAUUAAAGCUGUCGUCUUGGGAAGCCAUGCGUUUACUUUGUGUGUGAAACAGACCAGAUCUUGUCAUUUUUGGGUGAACUGUUCCUUUAUGGAAAAAGCCACAUGUUUUAACUUGUGCGUUGCAAUAUCUGUCAACAAGGUGUAUACAGUAGGUUUAAGUCUGUAAUAGUGAACUACAUCCAAGCUAGCUGUUAACAGAACCAAAAGAAAUUUCCCACAUUGCAAUGCAACUGCCUUAACUGAACAAGCGUAAAUAUACGAUGACAGUGCCUCUUCAGCUACGGAGCAUAUCAAGAACAUAAUAACCCCUUAUGGUCUUCAAACAGGCCGUGUUUGUUAACUCAGUCAGCUUUUUCAGUGUACUUGCAUGGCAUCCAAAGCUCCAUUCCUGCUGUGUUGAUCAUUUAUUGCACAUUUGCUGUGAUGGAAAUUUGGUCAUUACAUGUCAGUUGAUCAUGUUGGUACCAAAGGCAGGGUGCCCUGUUGUUUCGACCAGUACGUGCAAUAAAGUGUACAUGAAUUAACAACGUGAAGGAAGCAACCAUAGGAUGUGUUGUGCUGCGGUCAAGCAGAUGAUGUGUUUUAGUACUACUGAGUCUCACACUGGGGCCUCUGUCUGGAUCAGGUCUGAACGACUCCUGGUCGCCUCUUUAUUUCUGUAGAUUUUUUCUUUGUUCGUUUUGUUGUUUUUACUUUUAGUCGAAGGACUAAAAAGGGUCUAGCUUUUCAACUUUGCAAAGGAAAGUUGAGAAAAGACUCUUGGUGAUUAUAAACUUCUCCCCUCUAAAAAUAAAUCAUGUCUGUUUUA